AAAUUCGCCGAAACCGGAAGUUGAGAAGAAUUUAGCUCGAUGUGCAGCUGUUUUAGUUUGGAUGUGGUCCACGUUUGUGGAGAUUUUCUUGCCGUUUCUCCAGAUCAACAGCCAAAUACACCGUAGCUACUUCUGAAGUACUGCACUACGUACUGGACUUUACGUGCUCUUGAAGAAUAGACAACAAUCACACCAUUUGUUAUGUGAAAGUCUUCCCAGUGUUUGCCUAUUUUCCACAAGGAGAGUGUGAUAAACAUGGGAUCUCGUCCUGCCCUGGCUGCCUGUGGUGGUUCCAGUGCAGACAACCCAGGACUGACACCACAGACAUCCCUUCUCGGGGUCCCAGUGCCACAGUCAGCUGGACUUCUCCUCAAUCAUGUAGCAAACAACAUCACCAAUAAAACCAUUGAAGCACAGACUGUACCUUAUGUACAGAAAAUGCCAGGGGUUAUGAGACCGAGCAUAACAGCCGUACCUGUCUUGGGUCUGGCUGCAAACUCUGCCAACAAUCAGCAAACUGAUUUAUCCAAAGUUCGAAAGAUCAUCAUUAUCCGUCCUGCACCUGCUACAAAACCCGGCAAGGUACCGCAAAAUAUCCAGAUCCUGACCAACCCGCAAAAUGCAGGCACAAACACAGAAAAAGUUGCCAACCCUAAAUGGUUGACAAAUUUCCAAGCUCCCAGGUCUAUCCAACCAAACCCAGGAACAAAUCUGAACAAUACUGGAAGGUCUAAUGUCGUGUAUUUGGGAAAUUCAGCGAACACAACUGCAUCUGCACCUACCCAGCAUGUGCGACAGACAGUGGUGAAAACUGAGAGUUUUCCAGUGCAGAACUGGUCCGAACAGGUUCCUCAGGAUGAGACCAGUCGGGCAGUUCAAGGUCUCGUACAGACAACUCUGCAGGGUGAUGCGAGCACCACAGACAGACAAGCCACAGAGCAGGGGAACUUUGCUGUGCCUCUGGUGCCAGGAAGGAACCCAAGUUCUAGUCUAAUGAGAGGACAGCAGCAGGCAGCUAUUUCUGGUCGUCAGUCCCAGGAUACUUUGCUGCAGAUGGAUGACAGCCUGACCAAUAUCCACUGGCUGGGGAAGAUGGGAGCCAACACACUGUUGGACAAACAGGACAGGAAAUAUGACAGGAUAGGCAAGCCCCAGAGGAAGUCCCACGACAGCAACCGUCCGCCCUACUCCUACAUGGCGCUCAUACAGUUUGCCAUCAACAGCAGUCCCGCACGCCGCAUGACACUGAAGGAAAUCUACACGUGGAUCGAAGGUCGCUUCCCGUAUUUCAAGACUGCCAAACAAGGAUGGAAGAACUCCAUCCGGCACAAUCUGUCACUUCACGACAUCUUCAUACGUGAGACAACAAAAUGUGAGAGCGGCAGGGCACUGUCAUACUGGACUCUAUGUCAUGAGGCUAAGGAGCGCUGUUUGACAAUAGACCAGAUGGAGCGAAGAGAAGCGCGACUAAGAUGCACGACCAACACGCAGAUAUAUCCUUCUGGCCCACCCCCUCUCCUGCCCUGCCCACCUAAACCCAGUGCUUACACAGUGGUCCCCAUGGUGUUACCGACCCCAGCGCCAGUGGCCAGUAUCCCCACCCCGGGACGCAGAUCUGGUGGGGUGGUCAGGAUUCAACCCAAGGGCCACCUGCCUGUUCCUCCCAGCCCCUCCCUGAGGCCCAGUGGUGUAACUGGCAGGACAAUCUUCCCCAAGCCUGCCACACAGGGCAUCAAGAGACCAGGCGAGUUCGACCUUCCGCCACGCAAACGGAAGUCCAUCAUUUCUCCCACCUCUUCUCAGCGCAGGCCCGUCCCAACGUUUUACCGGCCAUUGUCCUCAUCACCACUGAAAGAGACCACUAACCUCACGCCUACAAAGGAGUGUGUUAAGGAGGAGGAUGUUGUAGGGAGAAGCCAGCUCCUGUGGUCACCAGACAGCAAUCUGCUCUUCUCUCCAGACAAGGGCUUCAGCGACUUGUUGAACAGUCUGGAUCUGGAGAUCUCUCCUCUCAGAUCUGUCCUCAGGACUCCUGUGAUCGGACGCAACGUCACGACCUCCACGCCGAGGAAAGCCGCGGUGACGCCUCCUAAGUCGCGUAGUCCAGGACUCUUCUCUCCCAUCCAAGACUUUUCCAUUCCCAGGACCCCAGACAGUGGCUUACACAGCAGCAACAGCCUAACACAGCACGGUAGUCCCAUCAAGGACGGCUUCGCACCUCUACUGGGGAGGGUUCAAAGGUCAAAGACCUCUCCUGGGCAGCUGGGGUCCCUGCGGGAGUUUGGUCUGCCUGGCCUCACGCCCCUGAAGGAAGUGUACGAGGGGAAGGACAGCGAUAACGAACCGGUGGCACAGAACCUCAGCUUUGGAAAGUUGCUGGAGGAACUCGGGUUGGACACUAUUGCAGAGUUAGAUGUUGGAAACAUAAGCUUCUCAGCUAUUCAGUAAUACUUACUGCACAAAAUAUCAAUAUAUCAUGUCAUAGUGGCAAAUGGAGGGUUGGAAGCAACCCAGAAUGAGGGUCUUUAUUUUGUGUAUGUCAUAGAAAAUGGAAAAAUUAUUUUCCAACUGUCUUCCUUACUAUGCCAUGAGCAUACUUCCAAUUGUACAAUAAUAAGAAAUGUAAAACUUGCCAAAUAUCCUGUUGUGAAUUUUUAAGUUGAGUUCAAUGUUUCAAAGAACUUUCUAGAUUUCAAAUCUGUUGAUCUGUCUUUAUCCUGUAAUGUUAUUGUAGAAAAUGCAUAGCAAUGUGUUGUUGAUUAAUUUAUAUACAUGAAAUGUAUUAUUAGCAAAUGUACUUUUUGCUUUCUUUAUAUCAAGAUGUAUCUUUCUUUUUUAUAUUCAUAGUUAUUCCUCCUAGAUGGAGUAGCCCUUUAGUUGUAGCAUAGUUCUUAGUAAAAAAAUAACAAAGGGCUUCUGUAUACAAAGGCUUUGUGUGCCAUAGACACAGAUGUGGAAAGAAAUCUAUACUAUUUUACAUUUAUGUUGAACUCUUAGCAGUUAAGUUCGUGCAGUGCACUGACAAAAGCUUUGAGUGACCAGUCAGUAUUUUUUCUUAAGAGGAUGUAGAUAUCUGGCCUGAUUAAAUGCUUGUUUGUGUUGUGUUGAAA